AUGGUGUUCAAUCUCCGAACCUUCAGUUUUGCUGAGUCCGUUGAAGAUGAUCCAACUCCUCCUAAAACCUUCUCUCUAAAGGAGCUCCGAGUCGCCACGCACAACUUUAGCCGAGACAACUUCUUUAGUGAACGUGUAUUCGGCACGCUUUACUGGGGGCGCUUAGCCGAUGGCUCUCUAGUGGCAGUAAAAAGAGCACGCACCAUCUUCGAAUGCAGUGAGGAGCAGUUCGAAACAGAAGUUCAAGUGGGGCGCUCAGUUUCAGCGCACCAGAACGUGCUGCGCCUCAGGGGCUUUUGCCGGACCAAGAAAGAGCUUUUGCUGGUCUAUCCCUUGAUGAUCAACAAGAACCUACGAUAUCAUCUUCGACUUAGACCGGAUCGGUCCACCCAACCUCUCGGUUGGACAACUCGCAUGUGCAUCGCCUUGGGAGCAGCUAGAGGUCUCGCAUACCUACAUAAUCAAGGCAAUGUCAAGAUCAUGCACCGCGACAUUUGCACGUCAAGUAUAUUCCUGAAUGAACGAUUUGAGGCCACGAUAGGGAAUUUUUGGCGUGCCCUUAUCAUGCACGACGGAAAUGCAAAGGAAGGGACUAUUCAAUGGCCCGCAAGAGUCUCAUCCUCAUCCCAAGGAGAAGAUUCAGCUGAUUCCGAUUCCGAUUGUCCAACCUAUCGUCUCUAUGAAGACGUUUAUGUGGACACCACCUAUGCCAACGGCAGAGUCGGGUUCAUUGCCCCGGAGUACCUACACACAGGAAAGUGCACACUGAGGAAUGAUGUUCACGCCUUUGGGAAAGUGCUUCUUGAGCUCAUCUCUGGACAGCCAUCUGCAAAACUUGAAGCGCUGGCUUAUGACGAAAAUCUCAGUUUGGAGGAAUGGAUUGGUGGAUUUAUGAACAAGAACGAGUUGGAAAGAUUGAUCGAUCCCAAUUUGCAGGGGAACUAUGUGGAAGAAGAAGCAGAGCAGCUACUCCGACUGGCAUUAUUGUGUGCAGAUGGCGAUCCAUCUGUCCGACUGGAGAUGUCUGAAGUGGUUCAAAUGCUCGAAAGCCAAUUGCUUGGGCAGGAUCCUAGCAGUAGGAGCAGUUGGAGCCAAAGCGAGUGUGAUUCGACUCCUUACUACUCCAUCCCUCCUUCUCCGUCGGAAAUGGCUUUAUGA